UCUAACCUCUACUGCUUUCUUGCCCGGCUUCAUCUUAAACGUUCACUUCCCCCAUCAUCCUCCACCACUUAUCCACAGUCUCUAGAAGCUGUUCCAUCCCAAUAGAUCUCCCCAAUAUUACCAUAAGUCUCUCUCCUUCAAAUCCACUACAAUGUCUCUCCGCAUCGCCCCAGCCACAAACCACCGCACCCAAACAACCAACACAACCACCCGCCAAAACAUCCCCAUCUCCCUCCCCCACCCCUCCAAAGGUGCCCCCUCAGCCCCCGGUCUCCCCGACACCCUCCGCGACAACAUUACCCUCCCCGCGCCUCGCGGCCCUCCCUCCUCUCAAUCCGAAAUCCCCGCCUCCGCGCACCCACUCGAAGCCCGUCUCCUCGCCUGGCGCCAAACGCAGGAUGCAAUGAAAAUGGAAUCGCUCCGUCGGGCAUACGGCAUCGCCGAGCCCGUCCGCCGCGGCAUGGAACUGAAGUUGGUACGGGAUGGAUCGUUCCGCCCGGCUGUGCUGGGGGGUACCAAGGGCGGGAACGUCCAUGAGGAUAUCCUAGUACUGGGGGGCCGGGAUGCGGAAGUUGGAUGGGAGGAUGUGUUUCAAGGUUCGUCUUGUUUUGUUGCUAUAUCUACCCUGUCUUAUCUUCUUCGUCCUCAUCUUCAUUGUGUCGGUUUCGAUUGCGGGAUUUUGGGCGGGGAGGGGUUGAAAAGAUAUUAGUGGGUUUUAGUAGUAUUCGCGCGUGACUAACUUAGUAUACUAUAGGAGACGAGUUCAGGGAACCGG